AUGCCCUGGAAGGAGCUUAACACAAAAACAUCCCCAGCAACCAACCAGGCAGCUGGCCCAGAGGAAAAGGGGAGAGCUGGCAAUGCCAAGAAGGCUGAGGAGGAGGAGGAGAUUGACAUUGAUCUGACAGCACCAGAAACAGAGAAGGCUGCCCUUGCUAUUCAGGGCAAGUUCCAGCGAUUCCAGAAAAAGAAAAAGGAUCCCAGUUCCUGAAUAACCAGCCUUACCCUUCACCUUGCUCCCUUCCCUCCCCUUCUCCACAGCUCUGACUCCCAUGUAUCUUUGUCUCUUUGUCCCUCAAGCUUCUCAUUGAGGCAAGUUCAACACUUAUACAUUAUUUUCUCUGGCCCCUCACGCCAUCGCAGCUGCAGAGGCACAAGGAACACAGGGAAGAUGAAGAAUUCAACAGGCAGCCACUUGCUUAAGGGUGAAACAUUUUCUCCUUGGGAUACAGCUCCUUGAUCAGUACCUGUGCCUGCCCUAUGAGGUUGAAGAGCAAGAGGAUUUGAGGUUGAGAGAGGGACCCCUGACAAUGUGGGAGUGAGGGAAAAGCCUUCAGAGUAGGGUGCCCGAGGGUGGGGCAUAUGCCCUGUUCCACUGGUUACAACAUUCACACUUCAGGUAGCAUUUUUUACCUUCACAUCCUUCUCAUCAGGACCUCAACUUCCCUCCUAUGAGCUAAGCCACAGUGGGGACUGGAGCCUCCCUUUCCCCUGGGCAGACCUAAAUCAAACUGCUCCCAUGUUAGUGCAUGCUCAGUAGAUUAGUUCCAAGGAAGGCCGACUGGGACUGGUAGAGACAAGGAAAAGUUUCCUUCAUCGUCUAGUCUAGAACCGUAAGGGGCAGACGUGGAAGAGGUUCAAGGGGCUACAGGCAGGGAAAUGGGAAGAUUUGGGAAGGAAAUCGCCAGUUGAUUUGGGAAGAAAAGAAAAAUGAAGGAGGAGGAGAUGUCUAAGGACACAAGUUACUGCUGGUAAAGGUGUACUAUAUGAAGGAUUCUUGGGGCUUUGUUAACCUGCCUACCUCUAACCCCUCAUGCCUAGCCACCCCCAGAGGCCACAAAAACCAAGUGACUCUUGUAGCUCUCACCUGCCCCACUGUGGAGUCAGAGCAGAAGUGGAACAGCCACUCUAUGUGAUUUUAGCAUGUUUAAUAAUUAUGAAAGCAAUAAACAAAAUCCUCAAGUGGGAAAAAAAAACAAAAAACUAAGAAGUCAUUUUUUUGUCUAUUAGAUAGGCAAAAAAUGUAAAAGCUGGAUCAUGCCAAGGGGUGGGAGGUCUGUAGCAAUAUAUACACCUUCACAAACUGCUGGUAGGAAUGCAGAGGGCUGACUCAACUGGAAUAUGGGCGAUAGAUUAAAAUAUGCUAUCAAUGUAAAUUUUUGAAACUGAUAACUUGUACUGUGGUUAUCUAAGAGAAUAUUCUUAGAAAACACACACCAGAGUAUUUAAAGAGCCAUGCUGUAUGUUACCCUCAACUGAUUCUGAAAAAAAUUUUGUGUGUGUGCAUGUUCCUUGUACUAUUUUUGCAGUCUUUUUUGUAAGUUUAAAAUUAUUUCCAAAUAAAAUGUUUUUUUAAAUGGGACUGAAUGAAAAGAGGAGGAAACAGAAAGAGAUCUAGAG